CGGAGAUUCAAGAUUGUUAGUCACGUCUCUCCAUAUGUCGAAUGAUAUUAUUUAAAUGUUUUCUGGGAGUAAAAGGAAUCAUUUCCAACAAGUAAAACAGCAAACGGGAACACUAAUUUAACAUGAAUAAAAUUAAAAGAAUUAUUGAAGAACUACAAACUGAAACAAAGGACAAUAAAAUUAUAUUGAAACUUACAGAAUUAUAUCAAAUUUAUUCACAGGAAAAGAAUGAAAAUCAUGAUUUAAUCAAUGAUUAUUUGAUCAAUUUCAAUUUACCGCUAAUUCUCUGUGAUUGUAUAAAACAAAGUUUUUCACAUUUAAAUGAAAAUUGGUCAAUUGCAUAUCAGUUAAGUUGUUUUCUAUUAGAUAUUGUACUAUCACCGAAUGUUACAAUUUUAACUAAUCUACAAACAAAUAUCAUUGAAUCUCAUUUGAUUUUAUUAAAACGAUUACAAAAGAAUCAUAAUUUAGCUACAGAAUCAUUAAUCAAUAUGGAAACAUCAAAUGAUCAAUAUUUGAAUUUGAUCACAUCAAUUUUACAUAAUAUUGAAACAUUAAUUCAACAUUCUCAAAUAAUUUCCUAUUUAUUAUUGAAAUCUCCAUGGUUUUUACAAUUAUUUAUUUCAGAUGAUCAAGAAUUCUCAUUGCUAUUUAUAGAAUUAUUUACUAAAUGUAUAAGCUUAUCACCUGAAUCAUUUUGUCGAUUAAAGCAUAGUUUAAGAAUUGAUAUUUUAGACGAGUUAAUUUAUCAUUUAUCUACAAUAAAUAAUCCUGAAAAUGUUGAAAAAAUAGUCAAAUCUCUUGUUGUAUUAUUAACAAAAAUACCAGGAUUAUCCAAAACUAUGAUAAAACGUUAUCGUGGUAUACAAUUAUUAAUCAUGAAAUGGUUAAAUCAAUUUACUCAUAAAUCCAAUGAUGAAGUAGUUCAGACAAAUGAUGAAAAUAUGAAAACUACACAAACAAUAUUAGAUAAGAAUGAAAUGUGUAGACAAUUAUUAACACAACUCAUUAAUUUAAUUAAUGAAUCCAAUAUGUUCAUAACAAAAGAAGAAAGUAAAGAAGUGUUCAUUGAUAAAAAGAAACAAUUUGAAAAUAACGCUAGCAUGAAUUUACAACAAGCUGCCAUUAUUAUUCAAUCAGCUUGGAGAGGAUAUUCAGAUAGAAUGAAAUUAAAACAUUUGAAUGAAAAUAUUGGAAUUUUACAAAGAAAUUUUAGACAACGUCAAAUGAAAAAGCAUGCUAUGGCACAACAAAUUCAACUUGAAAAAGAAUUUCAACAUACCAUCAAAAUGAAUCGACAUAAACGUUAUCGUGAGAAAUUACACACGGAAAUGAAAUUAUGGUCUAGUUUACCGGGUUAUUUAGUUGAAAAUGAAUGGAGCAAAAAACGUCACUUCGCAGCUACAACUAUACAACGAUAUUAUCGUGGUUAUUGUACAAGAAAAUUUGUAAAAAAUCAACAAACUCAAUUAAAACGUGAUAAAGCAGCUAGAAUAAUUCAAAUAAAUUUCCGUAAGCAUCUGUCUCGUUUAGAGUGUUGUGCAUCGUCUACUGGGAAAAAUUUGCUCAAAAUGUCUGCAUCCAUUGAAAAUAAUUUAAUCGAUAAUAAUAAUAAUAAAAUGUCCGAAGUUAUUACUAUGGACAAAGUUCUCAAGGAACAUCAGAAAUGGUGUGAAACACAUAAGCAAAGUAUGAGACCAAUUACUCAAUUGGAAAAUGUCCACAAAGAGGUCCAAAUGAAACUUGACGAGUAUCGUCGUAAUUAUCGAUUAAAUAAUAUCAAAACUCAAGCUAGACAAGUGACAUUAACACGAAUGAAAAUCGAUGCCGACUUAUUAUUGAAUGAAUUCACUGAGGAAGAUAACCACCAAUUCCGAAACGAAGCACAAUUCAAGAAGACAACAAAACUCAAUGAACUAGUUGAUAAACAUAUUGAAAAAAGCCCAGAUCUAACUAAUGCAUUUAGUCAAUUCACAUGUCGUGUUCAACCAUUAGCACGUUUAGCUCAAAUGCAACAUCAUGAUCGAAUGGCUCGAAUGAAUUUAAACAAAUCAUGGUGGAAUAUAUUCAUGGAUGAAUGGAAAAAGAAACAACAUGAUUAUAUUCAAUCGCAUGAUAAAAAUCUCUUGAAUGCAAUCCAUCCUGAUGAUGUCAUCAAUGACAAUGAUUUAUCAUGGUUGCCUGAUCGAUUUAUUGAAGAAUUAGAAGAAAGGGAUAUUUUUCAACAAUGAAAAAGAGAUGUUUCUCACUCUAUGUGUUUAAUAUAACACUUUCCUGCGUGUUUUCUUUUUAGGUAAAGCA